CCCCACGAAAGACCGGGAGACCAUGACAGUUAUAGCUGCUCAUCAAGUGGAGUCGAAGAGAUACGCGCUGUUGCUUGCGGCGAGGGACUCCGACUAUGUCAAGAAAGUAUAUGGAGGCUACUUCAAUGUCUUUGUCUCCGCCUUUGCAGAAGAAGGGGAGAGGUGGGAUCUGUACAGAGUGGUGGAAGGGGAGUUCCCGGAGAUGAGCGAGCUGGACAAGUAUGACGGCUUUAUAGUGAGCGGAAGUCCUUACGACGCCUACGGGAAUGAUUACUGGAUCAUCAAGCUCUGCUUCCUCCUCCAGACUCUAUUUGUGAUGGAGAAGAAAGUCCUCGGUGUUUGCUUCGGCCACCAGGUGCUGUGCAGGGUACUGGGGGGCAAAGUCGGGAAGUCAUACACGGGAUGGGACAUCGGCCUCAGGAAAGUGAGGAUAGUGAAGGACUGCUUGCUCAGCGACUUUCUGGAACAAGACCAACAAGAAGAAGAAGCUGCAGCAAUCCCGAAAUCGCUCACCAUAAUAGAGUGUCAUCAGGAUGAGGUGUGGGAAGUCCCUUCGGGUGCUGAGAUCAUCGCCUUCUCUGAGAAAACCAGCAUCGAGAUGUUUGCGUUCGGCGAACACAUUAUGGGCAUCCAGGGGCAUCCCGAGUACACCAAGGAUAUCCUUUGCAACCUCAUCGACCGCCUCCUCAGCAAUGGCUGCAUCGAAAAAGGUUUUGCUGAGAAUGCAAAGUUGGCCUUGGAAAUAUCGGAACCGGACCGGAAAUGCUGGGAAAGGAUCUGCAGAAUCUUCCUCAAAGGCAGGAGAUGAUAGAGGGGUUUUCCCCUUAAGCUUUUUUACUAUGCUUAAUUUUUUUGGGAAAUAUGUAUAGGGUUUCCUUCUAAUUAUGCAACUUGAUCCACUAACCUGGCUUGGUUAGCAAAAAUGAUGUACUCACUUAUGUUGAUAUAUAAAUAAUAACAUUAACAUCAAAGAAUAUAUACGUGUAUCAAGAGAGGGUGUAACGCAGUAGCAUACCUCUCACUUGGUAACCAAGAAAUCAUAGGUUCGACACUCAA